AUGCUCAGGCUCGCCGGGUGCCGACCGGCAGCGCAGGCCCUUUGGGAAGGCUGGUGGCGGCUCCCCGAGCAGCCCCGCGUGGCGGGGGCUCCCCGCAGCCUGCUCCGGGCGGGCGAUGCCCGAGUGCCCCCGCGGAGCCCGAGCAGAGGCUGGGGCUGCGGGGAGCCCCCGCCGCAGGUGGGAAGCGCCGCCAGGGGCUCGGGCGCGCCCGGGGCUCGUCCCGCCGCCGAAGGGGAAAGGACCGGGAGAGGAACGGAGGGAGGAGCGGAGGGUGGGAGGUCGGACCGGGAGGGAGGGAAGGAGGAGGAGCGGGGCGGGAGUCCGGGCCGGCCCCGCCCGCCCCGCCGCUCCGCACCUGAGCGAGCAGCGGCGGCUCCGCGCCGGCCCCGGCCCCGGCCCCGGCCCCUCCGACGCCCGCCCAUGGCUCGGCCGCUGCCGCUGCUGCUCUGCCUGGCCGCGCUGGGCGCCGGCUGCCGGGCAGGGACCCAGCCCGCCGGCACGGCCGGGCCCUCCGCCGAGCCGCUGCAGGACGAGGCGGACAACCAGGAGAACAUCCUUUCGCAGGUACCGCGGGGACUGCGGCACCGCGGCGCGGGGCUGGGCACGGCCGGGCGGGGCUGUGCGCGCCCUGCGGGGCGCUGGCUGGUGCUGCGUGCUGUGGGUGCUCGGCAGAGCUGGGUGCUCCUGAGUGUGGACUUCUCGGCAGUGCUGGGUAAUACUGUGCACACUCUGAGUGAUGCUGGGUGUGCGCUGUCGGUGGAGCUGAGUGAUGCUGCGCACAUCCUGGGUGAUGCUGGGUGUACAUUCUCGGUGGAGCUCAGUGAUGCUGUGCACUGGAGGAAGUUCAUCACGGCGGGCACAGUGAAAUCACUGAAGCCCAUCAGGGAGCACUUCACAGACUCCAUCCUAUCAUUUCUCCGGGGGGACUCAGAAAAAGGGAAACUCAUUGAGAGAAGAAUUGGUGACUACGACAAGGUGAAGGCGGUGUCCGAAGGCUCCGACUGCCGCUGCAAAUGCCUGGUCAGACCCCUGGGCCGUGGCGCCUGCCAAAGGAUUAACGAGGGCGCCUUCAGAGCCGAGGAUUUUUACACGGUGGAAACCAUCACGUCAGGACCCAGCUGCAAGUGUGCGUGCGUGGCCCCCCCCUCAGCUCUCAACCCUUGCGAGGGCGACUUCAGGCUGAAGAAGCUGCGGGAGGCAGAAAGCAGCGACCUGAAGCUCUCCUCCAUCGUCGAGAUGCUGGAAAGUGCUUUUUAUGGCUUAGACCUUCUGAAGCUGCACUCAGUCACGACCAAGCUGGUGGGUCGGGUGGAGAAGCUCGAGGAGGGCAUGUCCAGGAACUUGACGCAGGAAGGCCAGCGGGCAGGAGCCAGCGGGGAGGAGGGUCUGCAGGAUCCCCCUGGCAGGGAAAACUGCUCCAGGCUCCUCACCAACAGCCUGGCCGACAUCGAGAGCUCUCUGCAGCGGGACGCGGAGGCUGCCUACGCUCACUCGGAGGGAAAAUAUGAAGAAAGAUUCCUGAAGGAUGAAACCAUCUCCCAGCAGAUCAACUCUGUGGAAUCCCUCCCAGAGCUGCACCUCUCUCUGGAGGAGAAGAAGCCUGAGCAGCUCUUGCAGAGGAAGCUGCGGGUGAGGAGCCGGCCUCCUUCCAAGCCCACCAUUGUCCGAGGGGUCACCUACUACAAAGCCCAGUCCACUGAGUCAGAGAAUGACAUCGAGGAGCAACCGGACGAGCUCUUCAGCGGGGACAACACGGUGGAUCUGCUGAUAGAGGACCAGCUCCUGAGGCCCAGCAGCAGGGCAGGCGAGCCCAUGAGAAAGCCCUCCCCAGUGGGGUGGCCGCCCACCCCUGGCAUAGCUCCCACCACUCUGCCAGCUGCGGGCACUGCUGUGACAUCCACAGUGCCACUGUCCCCUGCCACGCCAGACCCCACCGCCAUGAGCUGGCUGAUCCCUGCCCCAGAGUCCAUGACUGCCCCGACAGGGCUGGCGGAGGAGGGGACCCCACAGCUCCCGGGCAUGGCCAGCACAGUGAUGGCCACAGCCACAGAGAACUUGCUCGUGGCCACCCCCACUGGAGGCUGGAGUGACAUGGAGCCCAGCCCAGGAGCUUGGGUCGAGGCAAACACCCCUGCAACGCUGGUCAGCCCAGCCAUCCCUGCCACACCAAAGGAAGGCCUGGAGGAGGAGGACAUCAGGAACAUCAUUGGGCGCUGCAAGGACACGCUGUCCACCAUCUCAGGGCCCACCACCCAGAACACCUACGGGCGCAAUGAGGGAGCCUGGAUGAAGGACCCCCUGGCCCAGGAGGAGCGGAUCUAUGUCACCAAUUACUACUAUGGAAACACACUGGUGGAGUUCAGGAACCUUGACAAUUUCAAGCAAGGUCGCUGGAGCAACUCCUACAAGCUCCCAUACAGCUGGAUUGGGACAGGGCACGUUGUCUACAACGGUUCCUUCUACUACAACCGGGCCUUCACGCGCAACAUCAUCAAGUACGACCUGAAGCAGCGCUACGUGGCCGCCUGGGCCAUGCUGCACGACGUGGCCUACGAGGAGUCCACCCCGUGGCGGUGGCGAGGCCACUCUGACGUGGACUUUGCCGUGGACGAGAACGGCCUGUGGGUCAUCUACCCAGCCAUCAGCUACGAGGGCUUCAACCAGGAGGUGAUCGUGCUGAGCAAGCUGAACGCGGCCGACCUCAGCACCCAGAAGGAGACCACGUGGCGGACGGGGCUGCGCAAGAACUUCUAUGGGAACUGCUUUGUCAUCUGUGGGGUCCUGUAUGCAGUCGACAGCUACAACAAGAGGAACGCCAACAUCUCCUAUGCCUUUGACACGCACACCAACACGCAGAUCAUCCCCAGGCUGCUCUUUGAGAACGAGUACGCCUACACCACGCAGAUAGACUAUAACCCCAAGGACCGCCUGCUCUACGCCUGGGACAAUGGCCACCAAGUCACCUACCACGUCAUCUUUGCCUACUGAGACCCCCCCACCACAGUGGGGCACUGCAAGCCAGGGGCCACCAGCACCUUUUAUUAUUAUUUUUAUUGUUAUUAUUGUUAUUUUGUACAAAUUGAAGAGUAAAUGAUGGGUUUUGUUUCAAGCUGGUUUUUUAUGGUGGAUUGUAGAUCAAUCCCCAGGCCAGAAGCACUCCCUUUGUCUUUGCUGUAUCCUUGCUUCUGAUUUUCCUUCCCAGGGGAAGGAGGUCCUCCUUUGGAAGGGCAGGCCUGGCUCUCCUACCCAGGGAAGAGGAGGUGGCCCAGACACCGUCCUCCUGAGGAUGUUUUUAGCUGGAGAUGAUCAGCAAUACACCCUGAACCAGUGCAAAGCUGCAUGCACCAGGUCCCAGCAGGAUGCUGCUGCCUGCCAGUCCUGGUGGAGGACCUGCAUGUCCCAUGGGAAUGUCCCAUCUCUCAGGACCAUCUUCCUCUUCCCAGCUGAUGGCCAGCAGGCCCCUUGGAGAUCCUGCUGUACAACGGGGCUGCGAGCACAGCUCCAGCAGCCCCUGGUGCUGGUACUUAUGUCGAGGACUGUCCUCUCCAGCCGGGGCUCUGCUCUCUGCAGGCCGCUCUGGGGGGCUGGACGCACCCCGAGCCCUCACUCAUGCCUGGAGGGAGCUGGCAGCAGGAGGGGGAUGCUGUAAAUAUGUGUAGAUGGCUUUUGUUUGUUCAUCUUGUAACCCAAAUAGUUCCCCUUGGCAUUUGCUGGUGUGGUGAAGGCUCUGCUCAGCUGGGCACUGGGCUGCCUGGGCAGGGGCCGGCAGCGCCCUCACUGUGCCACUCAACCUCCUACAUUCCCUCUCAUGCCCAUGCCAGUCCUGGACCAGGACUACCAGGAUCCCCUCAGAGAGACACAGCCCUUGCCCUCCUGCCCAUCAGCAUCUUGUAUUUACCUGCUGUCAGUAAUAAAGGAUCCAGUACCUUUGCA